UACCGCUGGCGGCCUAUAAGUGGCUGGUGUGUUUCCUGCUGGAGCAGAGCCAGAAAAGACUAGAACAGCAGAGGGCCUCAGGAAAGGAUGAUUUUGAGGCGCGUAACAGCAGCCAGAGGUUUCAUGAGCUGACUACAGAUCAGGACACACCAGCUGGUCUCAGACUUGUCCUGAGCAAGCUGUGUGCGCUCUAUGGGCUGUGGAGCCUCAGCAACUACAUGGCUACACUGUACCAGGGUAAUUACUUGAGUGGAGAGAAGCCCCCAGAGUUGGUCCAGAUGGCCAUUCUCACUCUUUGCUCCCAGCUGAAGGAUGAUGCAGUAGCAUUAGUGGAUGUUUUUGCACCUCCUGAUUUCAUUUUAAACUCACCUAUUGGCAAUGCAGAUGGACAGCUUUACAAGAACCUGUGGUCGACGGUGAUGCAGGGCAACCAGGUGCUGGAACGGCCGUCCUGGUGGAAAGAGUUCUGCUCAAACAAGCCUGUGGUCGGAUCCCUCCGUCCUAAACUCUAG